AUGGCAGACAUCUAUGGCACUACGACGCACAACCUGAUUUGGCUGGGCGAGGAAGAGCCAUAUACUCAGUCAGCACUGUCAGCCAUUUGUGCCAUCGGCGAGGAGAUUCGAGAGGAAACCGAGGACUUCGCAUUGCUGCGCGACAUGCUCUAUGAUGAAAACACAUAUUUUCGAUAUUUAGACAGCCAUCUGAAGGCCCAGUACGAUACAUCUGCACUUGUCAGUUUCUUGUACUUGGAGUGGUUCUCGCGUCUCUGGGUGGUACAAGAAGCCGCGCUGUCAUCGCGCAACACCUGUUGCGUAGGAGCGCUAAACAUUGGCCUUGAUGAGAUUUUGCGAGUCGUGGGCUGGCUGCGUCACAAAUGGCAUCACAUUGCCGAUGAUAUCAAGGAUCCUGUCGGUAGCAUCUUCCCUUUGUUCAAUUGGGCAGAUCGCCAACACGGCCUGUUUGGCUCCGGCCUAAGAUCGCCUGAGGCCAUGGAUCUCCUUAUUGACCUACGCGCCUUCCACGCAUUCGACCGUCGAGAUCACGUAUUCGCUAUCCUUGGUCUUCUCCAGAAGCACACCGGAUCUGAAACACCUGUGGCUCUUGCCGCGGACUACAAUGCCUCCCUCGCUACUGUGCUGCAUCCGGCGACCAAGUAUAUCGUACAAGAAAGGGAGCAUUUGGAAGUUCUGAGAUUUGUCACGCACCGGGCAGUGGAGAACAACGAAGAUGACAUUGCAUCUUGGGCACCUUCGCAGCAUGUAGCCUGGGAUGGGGCAGUAGACACGAUGGGCUUUCAGGGCCUGUGGCAUAAUGCUAGUGCGGGUCGUAAGUUCGUGACACAGCAACUGAACGACGAGCCGUCGAUUCUUCGCACAACGGGAAUCGCUGUUGAUUCAGUGCAGAACCUAGGCACUGUCUGGCGCCUAGCGUCUAGGCGUGACUACUCAAUCGUGCAGCUGAUCGCCGAGGCAGAUGCACUUGUGGCCGGGACUUCGGCUGGGGUUGCAAAUAGGAACGCGUUCGCAGCUAUGGUGCUGUGUGCGGGCACAACGGAGAGUCUCACAAACUAUCAGGAGGCAGAAGCCGGAGCUGCAUGCUUGGCGUACACAUCCCUGAAAGAACAGUGGUUAGCACUUCCCGACGAUGAACUUGAGCCGUGGGCCCAGUAUCUCAGCAGAAAUGACAAGUCCGCCACCUCCUUUGCGCAGGCACUGGCCAACGCAAGCCACAACCGGAUGGUCUUCAAAACAACUUCCCGUUACGUUGGUCUAGGUCCACAGACUACUCGGAAGGACGAUAUCGUGGCCAUACUUUAUGGCAGCCGAUGGCCAGUCGUCCUUCGCGAAUUCGAGCAAUAUCCUGGGGACUACGAGUUCGUUGGGACUUGCUAUAUGUACGGCAUCAUGAAUGGCGAAGCUGUACACGAGCACGAGGCGAGCGGGAAAGAAGUCGAGACCUUUCGGCUGAGGUGA